GAAGGGUACAUAUAACGGACGACUUCCUGAGAAGUCGUUUUACCUAUGAUAGGAAGGCGAUGGGCUUUUAGUAUUUGACUUGGUCUCGAGGAAGCUGGCCCGAGAGGGUAUUAUGCACCCGAUCGAGGCGUAUGACGGAUGACUUCUUAAGAAGUCGUUUAUCUUCAACGCCUAAUAAGCGAGCUUUGGGCUUCUAGCACCCGACCUGGCCUUGAGGAGGUGGCUAAGGAGGCUGUUUGGCAUCAUAUCGAAGCGUAUGGCGGAUGACUUCCCAGGAAGUCGUUUAUCAUAAGCCUUUAUAGGUUGACAGCAAAUAUUUGGCUCAGACGAUGGCCAAGAAGGUAACCAAUGUAGGCACACUCGGUCGGCCAUUGAGAGCAUGUCCCACACAGCGUUUGCGCGAGCAAUACCCACAACAGAACUGGCUGUGAGGGAAAUCGGAAGGAAGCUGAUAGCUAAAUAGUACAUGGUUGUAAGUCAGCAGAACGGUAUUAUAUAAGCGGUCUCUUUUCGCCCAGCUUGGUUUUCCUCGUCGUGAAUAAAGCCAGUUGACAUUCCGUCUAUGCCCUUGACUUCAAGAUCACAGACAUACUCCAAAACCCACUUAGCCUUCAUUCCAUUUCAAAUCAUGGAUCCAGCAUCCACGCCUACAGCCAUCAAUGCAUCACCGAACGAUGAACCUGAGCACGGUGAUGACUAUACCGCCACUCUUUUCACUGCUCUUGAGAAGCUCCUUGAAGUUCCAAGAGACAUAAUACACACAAGACAGCUGCGUCGUUUCUUAUCGGGGACUCCAUCCUCUCGUCUGCAUCAGCUUCUAGACUCGCUCAAACAGCUCUCUCGUUGCUGUGAGGAUAUGUGUUCGAACACCGCGGAGCCAAAUCCAACUACUACAACCCCUCCUUACGAGCAAGAUGAUAACAGUAACGACAGUGAUGAAAGCCCGUCACCUGAGGAAAUUCAAGGCCAUGAUCAUUUACCCGGUGUGCAAGACAACACCACGUGUGACCAGCCUGGAGGCCAGUAUGGGUACGACAAUGACGAUGUUUCACUGCAUUCUGACGACGCCGAUGCACAGACUUGCAUGGAGACGGCCUACGGAAAACUGAGGCAUAUCAAUAUGAACGAGCAAGAUUGCAUUGACCCUUCCAAACUCCAGCUACCGAGUCCCAGAUGCGACCCCGAAGAUGUUGUUGUGGAGACCCCUGAAGAUAGCUACCGAGUCACGUCAUCCAGAGGUUCGUCCCCCGGUGAAGUUACAGAGAAGCCGUCCGGGUCCAAGCCGCAGUCGCCAAAACUAGUGAGAACUCCUCUAAAAACAAUCGUUUCUCGGCAAAGCCCCGUCUACUUAAAGGAAACAACGGAAGACGCAUCCUCAGACGAUCGGGCUACGCUAAUAGUAACACAAUCUAUUACUGCUUUCGUGGACUCUAGCUUAGAAGAGAUUGACCCUUUUCGAUUCCCUGCAGAUAUGGAUGAAACAUUUCAGAGUCUCUUUACCUGUUUACACAAAGCACACCAGAGCCCAACCCAGUAUUCGAGUGGCUCAAAAUGGAUGUCUUUAGUUGGAUCAAACGAUGCUAAGCGUCAAAAAGGCUCGAUAUAUUAUGCCUUGACUUCCAUCGGGUUUUACGCGUGGCACAGUGAGCAGGUUUCUCUAAUUUGUCCGCAGUCUAGUGAAAAGGGACGCAAACAAGUCUCUCAAAGGAUUAUCGGGCCACUACCGACCGAUGCUGAAGAAAAAAAGCAAACGUAAAGCGCUUCGCAAAAGACUAAGUGUCAUACAAGCGAGAGGUCAAAAAUAAGAUACGCUAGUAAAGGCACUCGGUUGAGAGUCCUUAUCAAAGACAUAUAGUAUAUAGUGUAACAUUCUUCGAAAUAAAACUACUAAUUAUUUCCGCUAAGGCUUUAGCAAAGACCAAGGAUACUGCAAUUAAACAAAUUAUCUCCAAUUUCAAGCACGAUACAGACAAAAUAAAUAUUCUUCAACUCCUCGACAAACAAAUAAAGUCGCUCCUAAAGGAAGGCAAAACAAAUCCAAAGGCGUUCCAGGAAGCCUUGAAAAGCGACGCGGCACCCCCUAAGUCCCUGAAGCCCGCAUUUGACAUCUCUCAAGAUGUUGUCUCCUU